UGUUUGACAUUCACCGCCUUUGUCUAAGGCAGUGAAUGCAAUCCCCGCCGAGAAGAAAGGUGGUGAAAGAUUCACCGCGUUUAACAAAAACGGUGAAACUUCACCGUGUUUGUUUACAGUGGUCAAGAAAUCACCGCCUUAGUGCAAAGCGAGGAAUGCCUUCACCGGGUUAGAUUAAGGCGGGGAAACAGUUCACCUCGCUAGGUUACGACGGUGAUAAUUUUCCACGUUUCUCAGCCCUGGUAGGUGGAAAUUAGGUCACAACCACCUAAAGUUCACCGCCUUAGGGCAACGCGGUGAUCACCUUCACCGUUGUCAACAAAGGCGGUGAAUGCUCCAUGGUUUUCAUAUAAAUACCCCUCCCACGAGCAGUUGGAAAAACACUCUCCUCCUCCCUCCUAUGUCAAAUUUAAGCAAAAAAUACCAGCAAUAUACCUACAUAAGCAAUUUUUCGAUAUGAUUUAAUUUUGUAUUGAUAUUAUAUAAUGAGGUUUUAGUAGUUAUAUGUAUGUAAUGAAUUACUGUUUGUAGCAAAUAUUUUAUGUUAGUUAUGAAUUUAUGUUGCUGUUAGUUUGUUGAAUUUAUGUUAUGUUAGUUAUGAGAUGGAGUAAUAUUAUUUUCGUAGUCGUAAAAUAUGGUUUUGGUUAAUUUUAUUGGACUUAAGCUAAUAAUUACUUAUUGUAAAUUGCAUAUAUGGGUAAAUUCAAGAAGUUUCGGCUUAUUAUUUAGUGGAAUGGCUGGGUGACAAACUCUAACAUUGGGAUUGAUUAUAAAGACGGUGAAUCCACUAUGUUGAAAAUUGAGUCGCUGGCAGGGUUGUGUAUCAAGAAGUUGUCAUAAACGAUGUUGGCGCUGUUACCAUUAUGUUACAGUUCCUCAACGAUAACGGGAUGAUGUUUGCAGAGGUGUAUGUUGAGAUCGAGGUGGUCGGUGUAGCUCAUUCUCACCAGUAUUCUUAUGAUGAUGGUUUUGCAGGAGGGUACGGAUGGUAGUUCAAGCAACUACGAGGGAGGUGGUUAUACAGGAGGGUACAAAUUGGGUGGUAGUUCAAGCAACUAUAAAGAAGGUAGUUCUGCAAGAGGUGUGGCAUGGGAAGAAUACCCACAAUAUGCUCAGCCUGCCCCAUUUGUUGAGCCCGACGACAUUCAAUGGCCUGAUUAGGGGCCAGAGUGGGGAUGACAUUGAGAACACCCUUCGAUCUGGGCGUACUUCGCAUGAGCGAGAAAACGAUGCUGGUGAUGCAGGUCAAGAUGAUCAUCCUGGGCCGAGCUAUUCAUUCUCCUACACUGACAAGGAAAGUGAAGAAGAUUUGAGAUCAGUCAUUCAGGAAGAAGAUACGGACGAGAUCGAUGAAGACUAGGUGGCGUUCCGUGAGGCACUAACGCCAUACUACACACAUGUUCCAUCUAAAUAUUUAUAUAGUGAGAAUGAUGCCCCCGACUUUGUCCCUAUGCCAGUGUAUAAUCUGACGGCCAAUUUGGAGGUGGGUAUGGCGUUCACAACGAAAUACGAUGUUCAUGAUGCUUUUAGCGAAGAUGCCAUACGGCGCAAUUUCGAGUGGAAGGUGAAUAUUCUGACGGUAAACAACUACAUGUCAUAUGCAAGAUUGUUGGAGAGGGUUGUAUGUGGCAACUGCGGGCUGCAAAUAUGAAGAGAAAGGGAGCCUGGGUGAUUCGAAAAGCUGAGAACAACCAUACCUGCUCCUCGUACAUACUUUUCAGGAUCACUGCCAACUUAAAGCAAAGAAAGUGGGGAGAACUAUUAAGCACUUGAUCGAGGCACAACCAGAUAUCAAGGUCAAAGCUAUCAUUGCCGAGGUGAAGGAUCGACAUUUCUACACGAUCAGGUAGAAAAAGGCAUGGCAUGGAAAGCAGAAGGCCAUGGCUGAGGUAUAUGGUGAUUGGGACGACUCGUAUGCUUUACUCCCUAGACUAAUGGCCACAAUGGAGGAGUCCAACCCUAUGACUGUUUUCGUGCCAUGUUACAACAAUGUAUACACUGAGGAUCAAGUUCGAGUACAUAAUGAGUUGAUGUUUCACCGGCUAUUUUGGCCAUUUAAACCAUGAAUUGACGGGUUUGCAUUCUGCAUUCCAGUUAUCCAGGUAUAUUACUGACUAAUUACUAUUGUACAAGUUAAUUUAUUUAUCUUGAUGAGUAAAUUUUACACUAAUUAAAUCCUAAAUUUUAAUUAGGUUGAUGGAACUUUCCUCACUGGGAACUUUCCCCUCUUGCAUUUGCAUUAGUGGAAGGGGAGAGCAAAUUAAGUUGGGCAUGGUUCUUUAACCAACUACACAACCACAUGACACAGCAACAGGGUAUUACGAUUAUAUCUGAUCGACAUUCGGGGAUUAGGAACUCCGUGGGUGGUUUUCCCGACGAAUGGGGAGGGAUGGACAUGGCACUGGUGCAUUCGACACUUUCUUGCUAAUUUCCCCCCACAAAUUCGGGAAGAAGAAAGACAUAAGAGAUCAAUUGUGUGCAGCAGGAAUACAUUAAAUUUAAAUCUAGCUAAGCAUGGAAUAAAUUUUAAAGUAAAUU